AUGUACGAGGCAGCUGAGGAACGAGGGCUGCCAGAAGCUGACUUAAGCAACUUUUGGAGAAACAUGGACAAAGCAAUGGAAACGGCACUGAGGACCAGAGUUGAAAACGUCGCAGCUCCUGAGAGCUGCUUGCCCUUGAGCUGCCCCUCCUACCACCCCGCUCCACUGUGCAGAGUCCCAGCACCGCAAGCAGAUGGCAAGGGGCGGCUGCAAAGGGCUCUGAAAGCCCAAGACCAUAAGGCUGAGCCACAAAUCAAAGCAAACGGGCCGGGCCGAGGUGUGGAGGGCGAGCUGAGGACCGCGCUGGACCUUCCGGCUGCCUUCCUCCCCAGUCACAUUCCAGGCCUCCGCUUCCAGCGCCUCCCACCCUGGUCACCCUACCUGGUGCACCGCCACACGCCUACGAACUGGCCACUGUCACCCCGAAUCAGUCUUAGUGCUGUGCCCACCACCUACCUGCACGGAGGGCGGCACCGCCUUACACCUGGGCGGCCACCACCACACCAGGGUGGGGGAGCUCCAUGGAUCUCACACCUGCCUCCGGCGCUCGUGGCAGCCGCACCUCUGCCGGUGGACCCGUCGGGUCGGCCACCGCGCGCCCUGGACACUGCCCAGCCCGUCGCGCCGCUCGCACAGCGCCCGCGCCCGGGGCCCGGCCCGCCGUGCCGCGCCCGCUGCCCCCCUUACCUCCCGCCCUCCGCAGGGCUCGGCCCGCCGCCGCCGCCGCGACCGCCACCUCCAUCCUGGGCUCCCCAAGGCCCCGAUUCACUAACGCCGCUUCCGCAGGGCGCCGGCGCCGGCGCGAAGGCCGCCUCCGCCCCCCGGGGGACGCUGCGUCCUUUACGUAAACCCCUCUCCGCCGCCAGCGGUGACCAUGGCGACGGUCGUGGGGCGGCAGCGCCCCCUGGUGCCAGGGAGGGGAGCGGCGCCGAGGCCGGGGCGAGCCGAGCCCUUCCGCAGGCGCUGGCCCGCGGCGUGGGGGCGGUGGGCUCUGGGCUCGGACUGCAGCUGGGGCUCCGUAGGCGGCCAGAGGGGGCAGGACCCGCCGUGCAGCACGCGGGGAAGGGAACGCCUGGGUCCACCUCCUUCGGGCCCCGCGUGACCGGGUUUAGCGUGGGAGAGACUCUCAGCUCCCAGCAGCUGCAGAAUGGGAUGGCUGGGCCAGCGAUUGCAUCAGGGCAGAGCUGCCAGCAGGAAGACAACUGCAGCAUUCUGGAGCUGGGCAGCAAGCCCCCGAUUGCACUGUCCUAUGGCACGGGGGACUCACCAUCCAUCCAUCCAUCUAUCCAUCCACCCACCCAUCCAUCCAUCCAUCCAUCCAUCCAUCCACCCAUCCAUCCACCUGUCCAUCCAUCCAUCCAUCCCUCCACCCAUCCAUCCAUCCAUCCAUCCACCCAUCCACCCAUCCACCCAUCCAGCCAGCCAGCCAGCCAGCCGUCCAGCCAUCCAUCCAUCCACCCAUCCAUCCAUCCAUCCACCCAUCCAUCCAUCCAUCUAUCCAUCCACCCACCCAUCCAUCCAUCCAUCCAUCCACCCAUCCAUCCACCUGUCCAUCCAUCCAUCCAUCCACCCGUCCAUCCAUCCAUCCAUCCCUCCACCCAUCCAUCCAUCCAUCCAUCCACCCAUCCACCCAUCCAGCCAGCCAGCCAGCCAGCCGUCCAUCCAUCCAUCUAUCCAUCCGUCCACUCCAUCCAUCCAUCCAUCUAUCCAUUCAUCCACCCGUCCAUCCAUCCAACCAGCCAGCCAGCCGUCCAUCCAUCCAUCCACCCGUCCAUCCAUCCAUCC